AUGAGUAGCAACAAGCCGUAUGUUAUCAAAGGCAUCCCUGUCGACGCCGGCCAGAUCAUUCCAGUUCGUCGGGACAUUGAUGAGUGGUAUGAAGACACCAGCCGACAGAGCAGAAUUCAGCUGUCCAUCUUUAUAUGGGCGCUACGUGAGUUCCAAUCCAUCGACUACAAAGAUCGACUUUCCUACUUCCAAAUUGCAGGAAUACAUCACUUCCCAUUGAUCACUUGGGACGAGGAGGAACCUCCGGUGCCGAAUAAGCCUGGAUACUGCGUACACAAUAACGUGACUUUUCCCACAUGGCAUCGACCAUACAUGCUCCUGUUUGAACAACGUUUGUUUGAAAUCAUGGAAACUACUAUCAAGGAAACGGUUCCCGAGUCGCACAAGCAGGAAUGGCGAGAUGCCGCUCGUCAGUGGCGUCUCCCUUACUGGGACUUCGCAAAGACCAGCGGCCCUCAUGCAACUGGGCCUUUGUCACUGCCGGUUCUUUGCGGAUUAGCCAAUGUGGUUAUACUAAACCCUGCAAACCCGGAAACCCCUAUUGAGCUCCCCAACCCUGUGUAUAAAUACAGGGCCCCCGAUCUUAUGGGGAAUCUGGACAAACCCUUCCACAUCCCGCCUGAGCGUAUAGACCCAGACAAAGACGACUACUAUCCAUGGGAUAAAUGUCAGGCGACGACCAAAUACGGGCUUCUGAAGAACAACCCGCACAUACAGGACGCCGGACAAGAUGUGACAAAGAGUAACCUAGCCUUGAAUGAACAUCCAUGGUACCGGCCAAACAAGGCUGGCUUUCCACCUCUGCAGACACUUACUUACGAAGUGCACCGACUCUUGAGUUUCAAGUUCAGCAGCUGGGGGGCGUUUGCGUCAACAAAAUGGUGCAACGAGGAAAACAAACCGCCCGCAUCACAGCAGACGAGAGAUAUCCUUUCCCUUGAAUAUAUUCAUAAUAAUGUCCAUCCCGACUUGCAGGGAGCUGGCCACAUGAGCAGUGUUCCUGUGGCAGCGUUCGACCCGAUCUUUUGGCUCUAUCAUAACAAUGUGGACCGCCUUACAGCUAUCUGGCAGGUCUUAAAUCAAGACCACUGGUUCGAUGAACCACACCCCAGCGACGCUAAACCCGAUGAUCCUCUCAAACCAUUCCAUGUGAGCAAAGACAAGUAUUUCACAUCGGAUGAUGCGCGAUUCUGGCGCAAAUACGGGUACGACUACGAUAUAGUAAAGAAACCCGGCACGAAUGAAGACCGCGCCCCUGAAGAAGUUAAGAUGAAGAUCAAUCAGCUCUACGGCGAACCAAUAUCGAGGCUCCAUGAGGGCCAGCCCGUCGAAUACGACUAUGUGAUCAAUGUUAUCUACGACCGAUACGCGCUUGAUGGUAUCCCUUACACGAUUGUCUUUUAUCUGCACCUGAAAGAUGGUAGCUACAAGUGUUUAGGUGGUGUCUACACCUUUAGUACUAAGCUGAGCGACGCCCAAGACACGGAGAGAGGCGGCUGUGACAACUGCCGUGAGCAAAAGAAGGCAGGUGUCCUCGCGUCCGCUCAGAUUCCGUUGACGUAUACCCUUUAUGAGAGACAGGAGUGGCAUAACCUAGGAAAGCUACUCCCCGUGAAAGAAACAGCUGAUAUUAUUAGACAACACCUCUGCUGGAAGGUCGUGGGGGUCAAUAACUCGAUACUGUUCGACUCUGAGCAACCCAUGAGAGGUGACCCAGCAACAUGGCGUUCACUCGACGUCACUGCCGCUUAUAGUGAGAUUCACUAUCCUGUAGAUCGCAAUUACAAGUACAUCGAUCGGGGCUUGCCAGCCUAUCAUAACUAUCUUCCCAUCCAUCUGUCCCCAACUUAG